AUGGGGUGACGUCACUAGCAGGGAGUCACACAGCAGAUCUGCUUCAUCCAUCUGUUUUAAUAUCAAUUUAAUCUUGGUGUUACAGAGACCGAUUAUAUAUAUAACUGUCACCACUUCACACCGAACGUGCUGCAAUGGCUGAUCCGAAGUAUGCCAACCUGCCGGGCAUCGCAUCCAAUGAGCCUGACGUGUAUGAGACAUCUGAUCUGCCCGAGGAUGAUCAGGCCCAAUUUGAGUCGGAGGAGUUGUGCAGUGACAGCGUGGAGCGGAUUGUCGUCAAUCCAAACGCCGCCUACGACAAAUUCAAAGACAAACACGUUGGCACAAAGGGUCUGGAUUUCUCUGAUCGCAUCAGUAAGAGUCGCAGGGUGGGCUACGAGUCUGGAGAUUACGAGCUCUUAGCUGAGGGUUGUGGGGUGAAAGAAACUCCACAGCAGAAAUAUCAACGACUGGUGAACGAGAUUCAUGAGCUGUGCCAGGACGUGGAGCAUAUUCAGGUGAGCACUAAAGAGAGCGGUGCAGAGGAGCGUCUCACUCCAGUGGCUUUGGCUCAGCAGGCAGCGCAGCUCAAACAGCAGCUGGUAUCUGCUCAUCUGGACUCAUUGCUGGGACCAAACGCUCAUAUCAACCUCACCGACCCGGACGGAGCGCUGGCCAAGCGGUUGUUGACUCAGCUGGAGGUGGCGCGGGGUGUGCGGAGCUCUGCGGGCGGAGAGGGGAAGUCGGCACCACCCAAAGGCCCUGAUGGAGUGAUUCUGUACGAGCUCCACAGUCGACCAGAGCAAGAGAAGUUCACUGAAUCUGCAAAGGUUGCUGAGCUGGAGAGGCGAUUGGCUGAACUAGAGACCGCUGUGGGAUCAGGAGCAGAUAAACAGGGUCCUCUCAGCGCAGGGGUUCAGGGAGCAAGUGUCACGGACACUAUACUGCUGCUGCAGGCUCGAGUGAGCGCACUAGAUGCUGCAACUCUGGACCAGGUCGAAGCCAGGCUACAGAGCGUUCUGGGAAAAAUGAAUGAAAUCGCAAAGCACAAGGCGGCCAUCGAGGAUGCUGACACCCAAAAUAAGGUGUCGCAGCUGUAUGAUGUCGUUCAGAAGUGGGAUGCGAUGGCGACCUCACUUCCUCAGGUGGUACAGAGACUGAUCGCUGUUAAAGAACUACAUGAGCAGGCAAUGCAGUUUGGGCAGCUGUUGACUCAUCUGGACACGACACAACAAAUGAUCAACAACUCACUGAAGGACAAUACGACUCUACUAACACAGGUGCAACAAACCAUGAAGGAGAACCUGGUUGCUGUGGAGGAAAACUUUGCAGCUCUGGACCAGAGAAUGAAGAAACUGUCAAAAUAAAAGCUUGUUUUUAAAUUGUGAGGAUGAAGGACAGGGAGACGAUUUUCCCUUCCAUUUAGAAUCAAGCUCUUUUUCUCAUGUCAUGACCUUGUUUUCUGCAAAGUUUGAGACCAAAUGUUCCACACUACAGAACACUGUUAACCUUUGACCCUUAGGCCUCUCUAAUGAGCUAAGACAUGCUUAUCAUUAUGAUACUGUAACUUAAAUACAUACACAAACCCCAAUGUCUAAUUCAACCCAUGCAACCAAGUACGGAACUGGUGUAGCAUCAAAAGAUUUGUAUUUAAGCCCCUUCUUUCAUUAUUCAUGAUAGAUAUGGGCUCUUGAGUUGGAAACUGGCAGAGGAGAGAUUCUGUAGAUAUACAUCCCUGUAUGUAACCGUUGAUGUAUUAUUACUAAGCGCAAUGUUCACCGAUUAUAUCGUAAUUUUCCAAGAUAGAAUUUAAAAUGCAUCUCGAGACGUGAUAAUAAACAUGCUUUCAGAAAUUUCA